AUGGAAGUCUCUUCCCAAUCGACUCUCCUUGCGUGUCGUACUGCGACCAUUGUCCAGUGCUUCACCAAGCAGCCAUUCGCUCCGUUAUGCGGCAGCUGCAUGGCGACUCCCGUUGUCCGCUUGCCAGCCGCCACGGGACAGCCCAUCACCGUUCAACUACAGGCCCCAAAUUGCAACAAAUGCGGAUGCGAUACUUGCGUGCACACAAUCUCCUACACUACCGAAUACGAUACUUUCUGUUCCACGGGCCUCGCUAAGCAGGUGUAUGCUGUCACAGAGACAUAUCGUGGGAUGCCCUCGAAACCUACGGUGACGUCUGCGGAUAUCCCCUUCGGUUUUACCGCAGAAGUCCAGACCUGCACAACGUGUGGUCCAACCCCCGUCGUGGCAACAAUCACACGCCCAGUGUCGGAGGUGGUGCAGGAUGUCAGGGCGUCCGCGGUUAUCACCAUACCUGCUGGCAUAGAUCCUCAAUACUCCCUGUUCAGCAUGGCCGACUUCCCGAGCGCAGCAUCACCAUCCGAAUCUACACGAGUCACUGCUGCCCAAGACCCUCAAGGAUUGGUUUUGCAAUCCGGCUCGGCUCCCGGCGAGACUCUGCCUCUGAGAAAAGACACGUCACUAACGGCGAGCCUUCACGGCACAGUGACGGCGCACGAAUCGAACCCAGAACAGAUCCCAACUCUGGGAUCGCUCAAUUCGGGUGUAGUUCUUCCGCUGCCAACUACUACUUCACUUCCCAUUACCAAUACAGUGAGCGGCUCUACCAGGCAGUACGGCCCAGCCGCCAGUUAUAAGUGUGUGAUAGCUGCUGGGCUGGUCCUCAUGACUGCUUUGAUGGGAUGA